AUGGUCAAAAAGGAACCAGGAUCUAGUGAUCCACGAAAACAAGAUAGUGACGUUAACCAUCCUUCCUCUUCUAACUACAGAGUAACUCAGGCAUGCGAUCGUUGCAGAUCUAAAAAAACAAGAUGCGACGGAAGAAAACCACAAUGUUCUCAAUGUGCCGCUGUAGGAUUUGAAUGUAAAGUUAGUGAUAAAUUAAUUAGAAAAGCAUAUCCUAGAGGCUAUACGGAAAGUAUAGAAGAAAGAGUAAGAGAAUUAGAAGCUGAAAAUAGAAGAUUAUUAGCAUUAUGUGAUUUGAAAGAACAACAAAUUUCGUUGGUCGCUAAAUACUCUUCAAAUAAAUCAAAUAUUUUACCAACUGAUAGAUGUAUAAUAGAAUUGAAUAGUGAUUCGGAUUGUACUAAUAAUAUUAAAGGCGAGCUCAAUAAAGAUCGACAAAAUGAUGUUACUACAAUACCGAAUUCAUUACCAUUAAAUAUAUCACAAACAAAUUUAUACCUUUUGAACCAAACUCAAAAAAAGGCGGAAUUGAAUAAUGGUAACAAAAUGUUUCAACAAAAUCAAUCUAAUGUGUCAACUUCUUCUUCUUCAUCUCCAUUCUUCGCUAAUAAAUUGAAUUCAAAUGGCACCAUAAGAAGUCCAGAAUCAAAUACGACAGUUUCGCCAUUAGAAUCACACACGAAAAACUUAAAAUCGAAUAUACGCAAUAAUAACACAACCACAACAACUCAUGUAUGUGAUGGUAUAUGUUGUACAGAUAAAUUACAUCCUCAGCCUGUGGCCACAAAUUAUAAUGAUCCAACAUCAAUAUCUUUUGAACAAAGCGAAGCUCCAGGUCUUGUAGCUGCAAAAGCUUUAAAAUCAAUUAAUAAUCAAGAAGAAGCAACUCAAUUAGCAAUAUUAGUCUCAUUAUCAGUCCCUAGAUCCACUGAAGAAAUUUUAUUUAUUCCACAAUUAUUAGCUAAAAUUAGGCAAGUACAUGGCUUCACUUCAAAACAAUGUCUCUAUACGGUUUCUUUGUUAUCAUCUUUGAAAAAUUCUUUACCAUCUCCUAAAUCGGAUUUUUUAAUGGACAAUUCUCAAAAUUCAUUAUUAUUAAAAAAUACUAACAUCUGGCAAAUUAAUGAUUUAAAUGUAUUCUUCACAGAUCUUUUAAAAUUUAAUAUAUCAAAUGACUCAAAAACUUCAACGUUACUCUCUUUUGAUGAUAUUGAUGAUUUAACCAAUCUAUAUUUCAAUCAUUGGUCCAAUUUAAUUCCAGUACUUAAUGAAGAAGAAUUUUUCAAUCGUUACAACAAUUUUAAAAUACAAUGUCAAUCAUUUAUUCAGGGAAAUCAAUCCAAUAAUCUAAGAGAUUACAAGUUUUUUGGUUGUUUUUUGAUGGUAAUGUGUCAGAUGGGACUGUUAAUAAAAUUGAAAGAACAUAAAUCCAACAACUCUUUAUUCAAAAUAUUAACUUAUUAUCAUCAAUUAACUUACAUUUUACCGAAAAAUCCAGUUUAUGAUUUUGCCACAACAUCCAUCAAAUCUGUUCAAUUACUGGCUCUAUUACUAUUUUAUCACUUAAAUAUGGGUAACAUCGAACAAAUUUAUGAGCUAAGAGGGAAUAUAAUCAGCAUGGCCCAUCAAUUACGUCUUCACCGUUGUCCAAGUGCGGUCUUGACUGGCUCGGGUUCUACAAUGCAAAAAUUGGAACAAAGUAAUAGAAGAUUAUUAUUUUGGACCAUUUACUAUCUCGAUGUCUUUUCAUCCUUACAAUUAGGUGUACCAAGGUUAUUAAAAGACUACGAAAUCGAAUGUGCAUUGCCCGUAGAUAACACCACCACAAUGGAUGCUAUAGAUGGAACGUCUAUCAAAUUAGAAGGUACGGUUUCUCAAAUUUCCUUGACUUUGUUUAGGUUCGCUAAAGUUUUAGGUAACAUUGUUGAUUCAAUUUUUAAAAGAAAUAUGUCGACCUCAAUAUCAAGACAAGUGGCUUUGAUUCAUGAAAAUGCAUUAGAUAAUUGGAGGAGUAGGUUGCCGGAACAAUUCCAAUUUAAACUUGACGUUAAUGGAACAAUAAAUUUGAAUGACUUAGACACUGAAAACAGUGACACAAUUUUCUUGAUUGUCUUCUAUUUUUUGGCUAAAUGCAUGAUUCAUUUACCAGUAUGUUCCACAAAGGUAGAUUUAGAGGAUAAAGUUACUGAAACUGGUAAUGAUGUCAUUUAUAAUGAUCGGUUUUCCACUUCAUAUGUGUCUUUACAACAAUCAACAAACACAAUGCUAAAUGCUUUAAGGAUGAUUAGAGAUAAGUACUUACCAAUGCCAUUCAACGUUUCUAGAACACUUACAAGGUUCACAUUAAUAAGUGCAAAGGGCUCAUUAGACUAUAUUAAGGGUGGCUCGUUAUUUAUUGACAAUAAGAAACUUUUAUUGGAUUGUGUACAAGAUAUUGAAGCAAAUAGAAAAUUAGAUUUACCAGGUAUCAUAUCAUGGCAUAGUUUAAAAUUGCUUGAUUUAACUUUGAAUUUAUUUCUACAAAAUUCCAAUACAAAACCUGAAAAGAUUGAAAAAUUGUUGCAAAAAAAAUUGAAUUAUUAUAAUAAAUUAAUGGGUAAGCCAUUAGUGAAAAAUUUACCUAUCCAAAAGAGGACAAAUCAAAAUAAGGGUAAUAAUAAUGACGAACCAUCAAGAAAGAAGGUCAAGAAGGAACUUGAAAAUGAUAUCAAUUCUUUGCAUCCAAUACUCAUUGAUAAUGAAGGUGUGACACCAUCAGAUGCUGCUCCAUUAAUCAACAAAACCAAUAGCAAUACAAACAAUCCUGUGGUUACGACCCAAAAUGAGUUUGCAGAAGCUUUGCAAGUUGAUCCUAUUUUAAAUUCCGAUUAUUAUCAGUUUAGUAACUUGGACUUAGCUACUCUUUUCAAUUCUGAUAAAUUGAACAAAAUAAACAGCCAUCAUGGCUCGAGCAUUAACUUGAUAGAUCAAAAACCUUUUAAUGAUUCACUUAUUCCCAAAUUUUCUCAAGUGAAUACAGCAAGCAACAGUACGCUUAACAUGGAACAAUUGUUAAGAAAUCAAGGUAAAUUUAAUAUAUCACCUAAUAUCUUCUCUCCUAACUUUCAAAGUAAAGAAAAUUUGCUUGGGAAUAGCAAGGUGAAUAAUAAUUUACUAUACUCUAAUCUGAAAAAUAAUAGUAACAACCAAAGUUUAACAACAAUGAUGAUGCUACUCAAUAAUGAAAUUCCUUUUUCGUCGAUAAAUUCAAAUACCGGUGAAAGUGGAGUGAACAAACAGAAUGCAAAUGCCACCGAAAAUGACAACGUGGAAACCAUAAAUUUCAAGCAAGAUUUGACAAACAAGAAUGAAUCUGGCAAUAUGUUAAGUACUGAAAAUUAUCUUUCUGAUUUCAGCUAUAUUAUUGAUGGAUCUUUAGGAUUGGCUCCUUUGUUAGCGAAUCCAUUUAAGCCUACAGGAGAAAAUAACUUGGUGAACGUUUCUUCGAUUGAGACAACGGGACAAUGUAUAAACCCAAAAGUACUAUCUAGUCAAAGUUCAGACGCUAACAAAGAUGAUACUGACUUAAAUUUAGAAAAUGGUGCUGUUCAAAGAAGGCCAAGAAGAUACAACGGAAAUUUUGGUUUAGGUGGGACAGGAAUGAACAGUAAUUUUUCGGUUUCUGAUCUUUUAAGACCUGAUGAUCAAAAGAAAAGGGAAAAAGAAACACUGAAUGAUCUGUUCAAUUGGCAAAAUUCUGAUUGA